UUUCGAUAAGUCCUUCAACAAGGUUAUGUUCAACGGAAAGUAAUAGUUUGAUUGAAGAGGAUGCCAAAAGAAUCUUAAGUAAUAAUUAGUUAAUUAAAUAGAGACAAAAAAUGGAAUUAAUUAUAACGAGUGAUAACGUCGCCGAAAGUUGGAGUGCAGCAGUGUGGGAUCCAAAUACAGGAACACUUGUAUCAAUCUACAAGCAUGCAGCACCUAUUGCAAAUAAGACAUUACAAGUUUUAAGUGAUUGUUAUUUAAUUGGUGCGGAUGCAGCUAAACCAUUAAUACACGUAUGGCCAUUAAACAGUCAAAGACCAAUUUCUAACAUCAGAUUAAUAACUCCAGGAAAAGUAUCAGCUUUAACGUCCACCUCGGAUGGUUCUUACAUUGUAGCUGCAAUUAAUGAAAAAUUAUACGUUUGGCAGAUUUGUAAUGGUCGAUUAUUAGCUAUAAUAACGCGACAUUAUCAAACGGUAACGUGUUUGAAAUUUACCAGAGACAAUUCAAUGUUCGUUAGUGCUGGAGAGGAUGGUUUGAUAUUAGUUUGGUCAUUGUUCAAUGUAAUAAACAACGAGGAACAACGAUCUCAACCUAUUUAUACUUUUUCAAAUCAUACUUUGCCUGUAAAAGAUAUUUACAUUGGUCAUUGUGCACCACGUGCGAGGCUAUGUUCAGUUUCGUUGGAUCAUACCGCAAAUGUUUUUGAACUCAAAAGCGGUAGAUUGCUCGCUACAUUUGUAUUUGACCUACCAUUGACCUCGGUUUGUAUGAAUAUAAAGGAAAGCGAAUUAUUCGUUGGUACUACCAGUGGUUUAAUUUACAAAUUUAAUCUCCAUGAACCACCACGUGGUAUAGAACAUCACGUGAAAAUUUUAAUGAACGAAAAUGCCGAAGAUAGCACCAUCUAUCGGGGACACGAAUCAACGAUUGUUUCUCUGUCGGUAUCGACCGAUUGUCGUCAUCUACUUUCCGCGUGUUUAAAUGGAAAAGUACAUCUAUGGAAUGUGGACAAUCGUGAAAUUGUUAAAACAUUUUCUCACAAAGGACAAAUAACCUCGGCAUUCUAUUCCAAACAUUUUAACAAUUUUCACGUAAAAGAUUUAAAACCAUCUUUGCAUAUUCAUCCAUUGCAAAGGGUAUCCGAAGUAGAUAACUCAAAGGAACAUAUUAUCAAUAUCACGAGAAAAGGACGAGAUACUUCGGAUUUUGUAAAUUUGCAAUCUUUUGUCGAAGAGGAAUCUUCUCCUUGUUGUUCUUCUUCGUCUUCUUGUUCUUCAAAAGUUGACAGUGAUGUUAUUAGUAAAUUGGAAAAUCUUAAAGAAGAAAAUCAACGUCUUAAGAAGAUCAAUGCUGAACUCUUCAAACAUUCCGUUGAAUUUGCUGUAGAACAUAAUUUAUUUUCCACUUCUCAAGAACAUCAAUAAACAUUCUUUGUAUAAUUGAAAAAUAAGUUUAAAAAAAAAUAUGAAUAUUCUAUAAAAAAAAACAAUUGUAUAAAAUCUUAAGAAAGAAAAUCUAUAUCUUAGGAAGAUCAAUACUGAACUCUACAAAUCCUCCAUUGAAUUUGCUUUAAAAUAUAAAUUAUUGACCAAUAAUCAACAAGAUU